UUUCUCUUUUUCUUUUCGAAGGCAGCGAAUGAAUUUUUGGCAUUUUGAUACGCAAUUUGUGACGAGAGAAUAAUGCCACUGCACAUGCUGUUGCAUGCCAUUUACUUCCCUCUCCGUAGGAUUCAUCGGCGAUUCAUAGGCGAUUCGUAGGCGGUUCAUCACUCAUCACUACCACUGAUUUUCCCCCUUUUUCCUCUUUUGAAUGAUCUGAGAUAGUGUAAAUCAUCUCUAUUCAAUUGAUUUCUACUGCAUUUUGCUUCUAUUUGAAGUUUAAUUCAUCUUCUGAGACGUUUCUCCAUCAUUUCGAUGGUUUUUGCAGAUCGGUUUCUUUGAUUUAGCAUUUUAGGGAUUUUUAGGGAUUUUUUUUUUUUUUUUUGUCGAUGGUGGAGAUUCAAGCUUGUGCAACUGGUUUGGUUAAUCCGUCGGCAUUAUGUGCUGCAAUAGACCAAGAAUCCAAAGGGGAGAAUAUGAAUGUUAUUGCUCGAAUGGCGGAUGAGUUACACAGAGAGAGACAGAGAAAUGCGAAGUUAAUGGAGAGAAUAUCGUUUCUGGAAGCUAAAUUGUUACAGGAAAGAGGCAGUUGUUCCAAGCGGAGAAGCUUCAAGAGGCUUAAAAGAAGCAAAGAGGAAGCAAUACUGAAGGAUGGAACUCAGUUUUUGUCCCCAAAAGAGGUAAAUCUAGAGGAUCGAUUGGUUAGUUGGAUGAGUAUGGAUGAGACACAGUUUGUGCAUUAUGAAAAGUUAAAGGAAUGUGAUAAUACUGUAGAUUGUGUUGAUUCAGACGAAACUGAUAAUGAAAAUGAUUAUUAUCAUGAGGAGAGUGAAAUCCCUUUUGACAUCAAGAAGUGGGAAACUAAUGGGAAUUCAAGGAGUGUCAAUGGUGUUAAACAAGAUAUAUAUCAUGAUUCGAAUUCGGAACGUAUCGAGAAUCAAUCUGGUGCUGAAAACAAGCCAACAUUUGUAGAUGAUCAAACAGAAACUAAAGAAACUGGAAAAAAACUGGAGCCUAAAAGUGAAAGGAACGAAACCGAAAACAGUGAACUGUAUGAGCAAACGCAAAACAUCCUGGGAUCUGGGAAUGAUGUCGGAUUUGGAAGUGUAUCAUUGCAAAGAAAGCCUCCAAAGUUAGCGUUCUGUCCUAAAGAAGUGAAGGGAAUUAUUGAAUCAGAAGCUUUGCUGCAGAGAAACGCCCAGUCUCAUACCAUGAGGAAAAUAAUAGUGUUUUCAUGUCUUGGUAUAAGGCAUGGCUGUGAAGAGAUGUAUGAGUUAGACUUCAAUCAUUUCAGUAUUAUAAGGAAAGGAGAGCCAUUCAUUUCUCCUCAAAAUCCUGGGGAGCAUGUGUUGUAUGAGAAUCCUGGUGUGAGGAGGAAGAUUUUGUAUCCCAACAGGCACCACCCAACACUAUGUCCUGUUCAAAUACUUGAAGAAGAGAAAGCAAUGCGACCAUUUGAUGUUAACUGUCCUUCUUGUUUAUUUCUCUGCAUCAAAUAUGGUGGCAGGACGAGGAAUCUUCCGCAGAAUGAGUAUGUGAGACAGCGAAUGGGAAGAAACAAGCUCAAGUCUUUUGGGCCACUCAUGUGCAGGAUGGCUAGGCUGGCUAAUCCUCGCAGUGGGAGCUUUUUUUUCAAAGCAUUGGGCAUUACCCUUCUCUUCAUGGCUGGUUUUCCAGAUGACCUUGUCCGCAAAGAAACCAAAUACCGUAAUUUGGACUUGCUUCAGAAAUACUACAGGACAGACAAGGAUGCCGUAGGCGAGGAGCUAUUUCUUGCACGCUCGACAGCCGACAGCAAUGAUGACAAAUUUGUUCAGGAGCAGCUAGCUGGAAAUACCAUUUCAACAAAAUCAAGGGGGAAAAAACAAACUAGCACAAGCGAACAGCCUGGUUCUUCAGAUAAAACAGCACCCCAUUUGGCAUCAUCUUCAACAAAAUUUGGAUCAGUAGGGUAUACUUCGAUCCAAACUCGUGCUAUGGCAGCAUUUCAGUCACUGCCAUCUCCAUCUCAGACACCAAUUGAGAGCAACCAUCCAAUUUCUUCAUGUGCUGUGGCCUCCUACCAAAACCAAAACCCCCUUAAUUAUUUCCCACCAAACGCGUUCGUUCCUCUGAUGUAUUGGCCGCCUCCAAACUCAUUCAAUCCAGGGCUCUACCCUUCAGCUUAUACAUAUCAUUCUUUUCCAUAUAGUGGCAAUUUUAUCUCCUUCAAUCAGCCUCAUUGCAGCUUUCCCUGCAGCCCCUUCAUGCCAAAAGCUAUGGAAGAUGCAAAGAAUGAGGAUUUAUCAGAAGAAACGGAUAGUAAUUCUGACACUACUUCAAGCAGUAAAGAUUAAGACACAACGACAAGCAGUAAACGUUGAUUUCCUAAAUGAGAAAGCAGCCUAGCAUUGAUUAGGCUCUUACUGUUAGGAUAAAUGCUCAAAGUUUAGACAUGCAUCUAGAGCGGGCUUGGUUCUAGUUUAGCCUAUAAUUCAGUGUAGCUUGUUGGCAAUAUUGCAGUGCUUCCUGAUCUCACCCUUUGUGCCAGUGAGAGGGUUGUUCUCAGAAAGGAUGGCAAUGGCUCGUGAGAAUUCCUUACCACGGACCCACGGACCCACUUCAGGACACUUAGUUGUUGUCCAGAACCAUGGGUUUACCACGGACCUACCAUUACUAAGUGAAUCAAAAACUUGACUCCGGCCAUCUCAACUGCCCAAAUCAUUAUCCUUAAACCUCAUCCUCCCUCAGUUCUCUACUACACUCGUUUCUCACUUGUUUCUUACGAACCAGAACCACCAUAGCCAAUGAAUGAAGAUAAAUCUUUACCCCAACAAUAACUCGAAACCUUCUUUGCAGCCCCUCUUCUCCGCCAAGCCAGACCUCAGCUCCCUCCCCGGCAGCUAGACCAUGUCCUGCUCAAACCUCACAAUGUUGGUGUCCCCAAAACCCACCGUCUCUGAUGCAUCCUCCCUUUUCAGCUCCCUUUCCAGAGCUACCCAGCUCGUUCGAUAUCAGUUUCCCCAGUCCACUGCGGCCUUCGGGAGCUCCGAGACUGUAUCGAUUCCGUCAAGAACACCCAAAAGAUCACUGAAGCCAUGAAGCUUGUCGCUGCAGCUAAAGUCCGCAGAGCUCAAGAAGCUGUUGUUAAUGGAAGACCCUUCUCAGAGGCCUUGGUCGAGGUCCUUUACAACAUCAAUGAACAACUCCAAACAGAGGACAUUGACACUCCUCUAACUAAAGUUAGACCCGUCAAGAAAGUCGCAUUGGUUGUUGUCACCGGCGACCGCGGCCUCUGUGGUGGCUUCAACAAUUCCAUCAUCAAGAAAGCCGAAGCCAGAAUCUCGGGUCUUGACUACACUGUAAUCAGCGUUGGUAAAAAGGGUAACACUUAUUUCCUCCGCCGGCCGGACAUUCCGGUGGAUAAAUUCCUCGAAGGCGGCACUUUUCCGACAGCCAAAGAAGCUCAAGCCAUAGCUGAUGAUGUUUUUUCCUUAUUUGGAAGCGAAGAAGUCGAUAAAGUAGAGCUUUUAUACACAAAAUUCGUGUCGUUAGUCAAAUCCGACCCUGUAAUUCAUACCCUUCUUCCUCUGUGAUGUGAACGGAAUCUGUGUGGAUGCGGCAGAGGAUGAGUUCUUCAGAUGAACAACAAAGGAAGGGAAAUUGACGGUGGAAAGGGAUUCAGUGAGGACAAGCACGGCGGAUUUCUCACCGAUUUUGGAGUUCGAGCAGGACCCAGUUCAGAUCUUGGAUGCUUUAUUGCCUCUGUAUUUGAACAGCCAGAUUUUGAGGUCUCUGCAAGAGUCGCUGGCGAGUGAGCUCGCAGCUAGGAUGAGUGCUAUGAGCAAUGCCACGUAUAAUGCUUCCGAGCUGAAGAGGACUUUGUCGAUUGUGUAUAAUAGACAACGCCAAGCUAAGAUUACUGGAGAAAUUUUGGA